AGGGCGGGAGGAGGAGCGGGGAGGGGGAUGCAGGCGGGAACCGGCGGGAUGCAGGCGGCGGGCGGCGGCGGAGGGCCGGGCUGCGGCUGCAAGGGGAUCCGCUCCUGCCUGCUCUGCGAGGGGCCCGCGCCGGCCGCUCCGCCCCCGCAGGGAGAAGAUAAUUUCACUUACUGUCCAGCAACAGGUCUAGCUAAAGGAAAUGAGCACUCGGAAUUUGCUGGCUGGGCAUUUCCCUUUCCAGGGGUGUUCCUGGUGGAGGAGUUUAUUAGUGAAGAUGAAGAGUGUGAGAUAGUGGAACUGAUGGAUCAAGAUGACUGGAAACCAUCACAGUCUGGCCGAAAGAAACAGGACUACGGACCCAAAGUGAACUUCAAGAAACAAAGGCUGAAAGCUGGCAGCUUUACUGGCUUGCCAAGUUUCAGCAGGAAGAUUGUGGCACAGAUGAAGGCCUGUGCUGUGCUCAGUGGUUUCUUACCUGUGGAACAGUGUAACCUGGAUUACAGACCAGAGAGGGGCUCUGCCAUCGACCCCCACUUUGAUGACUGGUGGCUCUGGGGGGAGCGCCUGGUCAGCCUGAACCUGCUCUCACAAACUGUGCUCUCCAUGUCCUGCGACUCACAGGACACCAUCCAAUUAUUUCCCAUUUCCAGUAAGGAAGAAUUAACCCCCCCUGCACCUUCCACGCAGACAUCAGCGUGCAGAAAUCCAGGAGAAGAGGGAACCGAGUGCCUUUUGUCGCCGAGGCAGGUUCCGGGGAAGGAGGUGAGCGUGGCCAUCCUCUUGCCCCAGAGGUCGCUGGUGGUGCUGCACGGGGAUGCGCGGUACAAGUGGAAGCACGGCAUCCGCCGGAGGCACAUCCAGCACCGCCGCGUCUGCAUCACCUUCAGGGAGCUCUCGGCCGAGUUCUGCGCCGGGGGCAGGCACGAGGAGCUGGGCAAAGAACUGCUACAAAUUGCUCUUUCCUUCCAGGGGAGACCCGUGUGACCAAGGGGUUGUGUUUUGUUGGGAGAGGCGUAAAAUGAGGUAUGGAAUUUGUGUGAUGAGGUUUAUUUCAGGUGUGUGCAGAGAUAAGCUCAAUAAAAUGCAGAUUUAACAAACAAGUAAAAGGGGUGAGCUUCAAAACCUCCUGGGCAAUGAGAGCUUUUAGGCCAAAAUAAAACAUUUUAAGUUGCA